AUGGCGCACCUUAUCAACACUGCCAGACGUCAGGUCACCUCCGCCCUCUGCUCGGCUAGUUCUCACGGAUCUGCGUAUUACAAGCAGCUACUUGAGCACAACAAGCAGUACAUUGUGGAUGGCGGGAAUCCUGAGAAGGUGAAGGAGCUCUCGAAGCAGCUUUAUUACACCACUUUGGCGAGCUUUCCCAAACGGUAUCAGCAUGCUCAGCAAGAACUGCAGAUCGUGAAGCAAAAGUGGGCGAACCGAGCGGAGCUGCAACUAGAGGAGAUCGGGAUUACCACAUUGUUUCUCGCAGAGGUGUAUGCCUGGUUCUGUGUGGGCGAAAUCGUUGGCCGGGGAUUUACCCUCACAGGCUAUAAGCCUUAA